AUGAUGUUACUUGAGGAGAUGGCCUCAAUUUUCCUUACUCCAUACUUACUCCUAUUUGUUGUCCCAAAGCGUGUUGAUGAUAUCUUGCAGUUCAUUGCAGAUUUUACCGUACAUGUUGAAGGUGUUGGCCAUGUAUGCAGGAUUCUAGAUAACCUUCCUCUGGUUGUUCCCAUAAAACGUGUGGAUCAGGACUCUACUGUUUAUCAGCUUGGUUUCCAUGUUGGACUCAAAGGGCAAUAUAGUGGGAGCAAGGAAGAGAAGUUUUUUAUACACAACCAUUUGGCAUUUACUGUCAGAUAUCAUAGGGAUUUGCUCACUGAAUCUGCUAGAAUUGUGGGCUUUGAGGUUAAGCCAUUCAGUGUCAAACAUGAAUAUGAAGGGAAAUGGGAGGAAAAAACUCGUUUAACAACCUGUGACCCUCAUGCUAAACAUACAGUUGUCAACUCCAAUACUCCUCAAGAAGUUGAAGAGGGCAAGGAAAUAAUUUUCACGUACGAUGUUGAAUUCCAGGAGAGUGAUGUGAAGUGGGCUUCAAGAUGGGAUGCCUAUUUGCUGAUGAAUGACGAUCAAAUUCACUGGUUCUCAAUUGUGAACUCAUUGAUGAUUGUUCUUUUUCUCUCGGGUAUGGUGGCAAUGAUAAUGCUGCGUACACUUUAUCGCGAUAUUUCCAAGUAUAACGAGCUUGAAACCCAAGAAGAAGCACAAGAAGAAACUGGUUGGAAGCUUGUCCAUGGUGAUGUUUUCAGGCCACCAAACAACUCAGAUCUGCUGUGUGUUUAUGUUGGUACUGGUGUUCAGUUUUUUGGGAUGAUACUAGUAACAAUGCUCUUUGCUGUCCUUGGAUUCCUUUCUCCUUCAAACAGAGGUGGGCUAAUGACAGUCAUGCUCUUGCUAUGGGUUUUCAUGGGGCUUUUGGCUGGUUAUGCAUCAGCCCGCUUAUACAAAAUGUUCAAAGGAUCAGAGUGGAAGAAAAUUUCCCUAAGGACUGCAGUCAUGUUCCCUGCUUCUGUCUCUGCUAUUUUCUUUGUAUUGAACGGUCUUAUAUGGGGGCAAAAAUCAUCUGGAGCUGUGCCGUUUGGAACAAUGUUUGCUUUGAUCUUUUUAUGGUUUGGAAUCUCAGUUCCACUUGUUUUUGUUGGUGGCUAUGUUGGGUUCAGGAAACCUGCAAUUGAGAAUCCUGUGAAGACAAACAAAAUCCCAAGGCAGAUCCCUGAACAGGCGUGGUACAUGAACCCGGCCUUCUCAGUUUUGAUAGGGGGAAUACUCCCAUUUGGAGCUGUUUUCAUUGAGCUUUUCUUCAUCCUCACAUCAAUCUGGUUGAAUCAGUUUUACUAUAUCUUCGGCUUCCUCUUUUUGGUCUUCGUCAUCCUUGUUAUCACUUGCGCUGAAAUAACAGUUGUGCUUUGCUACCUCCAGUUGUGCAGUGAGGAUUACUUGUGGUGGUUACUUAUUAAAAGUCUUUCAAGAUUAAAGAUUUACUUUCUAUGUUUUAUGGUGUAAACUUUCCUUAUAAAA